AUGAAUAAAGAAUAAAUAUUUUUAAAAUUAACUUUUUAAGAAAAACUUGAAGAAGCCGAAUAUUUAUAUAACCUUCCUGCACCCGAAGAAAGACCUUUUGACAAUAAAUACAAAUCUCGGGAAAUCCUUUAAGCCCUUUUAAACCACGAAUAUUUCUCUAAUCCAGAAUAUACCCAAAAUGAGCAAAAAAUAAUAUGCAAAGCAAUCAUAAAAUUUAAAUUAGGCGCUAAUUUUUCUGAUACAGAAGAAAACUCACAAGCCGAAUCUGAAUAUAAGCAAUCUUUAGAACUUUUCUAGUAAUUAGAAGUUGAAAAAAUUCGUCCAUAUUUAACCUAUGUUUAAGAAAUAUAUAAUAUAUUUGGACUCCUAUACAUUAACAGAGACGAAAAUUAAAUUGGCCUAUCUCUUUUGGGUAAAAGCAAAGACUUAUAUAACUAUCUAAAACUACUUCCCGAAUACAAAAUUACUUAAAAAGAGUCUUAUUCGAACCUUUUAUAGGAAUAAAAUUCGCAAAAAUUUACUUAUACAUACUCCGGAGGCAUUUUCUAUCAAAAAAUAGAGUCUAAUUUCACUCAUACCCUCUUCUAUUUAGCCUAAGCCUACACUAAAUUUGGAUAAAAAGAAUUAGCUGCAUAGUAUUGUGGUGAAACAAUGAAAAGAUAGCACUCUACUUAGACUUUUUAAAUAAAAGACUUUUGCUUUGUUAAUCUUAAAGUUCCCUAAAAUGUAGAAGACGCGAAGAGUAUUUUUAGACAAGCCAAUACUUAAUAUAAAAGGGCUUUGGAACAUUUUGUUUUGAAUGGAUUCGUUACAGAACAUGUUUAAAUAGUAUAAGAUUAAUCCAAAUUAUAUAAAAAUAUUAUACAAUUAGAAGAUAAUAUAGGAAAGAUAGUUACCAUACUUGAAAAAAGAGCGGAGUUAUUAGAGCCUAUUUACAAUGAAUUAAAUCCUAAGGCCUACAUUGAAACUUCUUAAAAAUUGCUUGUCGAAAUCGCUGAAAUAUACAAUGAUAUGUAUACAAUUAAAUUUCAGGAACUUUUUGUUAAUAAUUAAAAUAAAACACCAAAACCAAGUAAAAUUGCAGAAAUGAAUAAGUGGGCCAAAAAAGCGAUUGAACAUUACGAAAAAAUUUCGUCUUUACUUUUUGAAGACAAAGAUAUGGUAAGAGAUACUUAGUUCCAUCAUUCAGUAAUUAAUGCGAAGUUUAAUAUAGCUAAGGCAUAUUCGAAAAUCUUCGAACAAGAAAAAAAAGAUAGAAUUGAAGCACUUAAGUAGUCUUUGAAUGUUUAUAAAUGGAUAUCGAAUUAUAUUUAAAAAGAUGUGUAUAAAAAUGGAGUUAUUGAUGUUAAUUUCGCAAAUGAAUUGCAAAUGUGUAAUGAAAUGGUUGAUCUUUUGCCAAGUAAAAUUGAUAAGGUUGCUAUGUAAUAAUGAUAUAUUAGUUUGUUUAAAAAUUAUAAUUUUAUUUAAUUAUAAUUUUUAUGUUUUUUUAAUAAUAUUUAUUUUAAAUUUUUUGUUUUGUUUUUUUUUUAACAUAUUUCGUAAAAAUAUUUAUUUUUAGGACAACUUAUU